AUGAACCCAAUCUUCAUAUAUGCUGCCAUCAGCUCCCUCUUUCUUGGGCUUUCUCACGCCACCGCAUUAACCUUCACACUUUCACCAAAUGAAAAACAGUGUUUUUAUGCGUUCAAUAACCAACAAAACAGUAACAUUGGUUACUAUUUCGCCGUACAAGCGGGCGGGUCGUUCGAUAUCAAUUACUCCAUCAAGGGCCCAAACCAGCAGUUGAUUGUGUCUGAGGAAAAGCAAAGACAAGGUGAUUACUUGUUCAAUGCCGACCAAGUUGGUGAGUAUGAAUUUUGCUUUGAUAACGAGAUGUCGACAUUUGCUGAGAAGGUUAUUGAUUUUGAAAUCAAAACCGAAGACGAGGAAAACGCUAUCAAGGCAGUCUUGCCUGCUGCACCAACCGAAAACGGCGCUGUCCUAAACAUGCAGACAUCUGUUGAGAAAAUCAAAAGACAGUUGUCUUUACUUGAAAACUCUUUGAACUACUACAAAACUAGAAAUAAUAGAAACCAAUCGACAGUCAAGUCCACCGAAACUAGAAUCUUCUGGUUCUCUCUAUUCGACCUUGUACUCAUGUUAGCCAUGGCAGGUUUCCAGGUCGCAGUGGUCAAAUUCUUCUUCCAGGGCUCCCGUAAACAACUAGUUUGA